AUGAUUGCAUUUGUUCUGAUCUCCGCAGUAGUAUCAGUAUCUUCCCUACCAUUGAAUGAUUUACAGUACCUACACAACAUUAGCUUGAAGUAUGACGGUAACAAUCUUCAAAACUUAGAUACCAUUGAUACGCUAUCCGAUGUUCCACCAGAGAUGGCUCAGUCACUUAAAGAUGCGAUUCUCUCAGCCUUACCUUCGUACUUACAGGAAGUUCAGAAAACUGGAGCUAAGACUACAACUGCAUCUUCAUCUUCAACAACUCACAAUCCCCCAACAUCCACGAAUGGACAUAGCACUAUUAUGCCCGCUCUCAAUCGGUAUCAACGUGAUACCUCUUCAUCAGCACCGGAACACGAAAUCCAUUCUGAUACAACAAGCCAAGAUCAUCCUGUAUCACAGGAUAAUCACGGAACACACAACGACGAGCACAAUACCACACAUAAUGCUGGAGACACUCUUCAGAAAACGACUACGUCGAUCUCCUCACAUUCAUCAUCUCCACUACCCACGCCACCCCCAGUUGUAGAGACCUCUGGUUCAACCACCCAUCCAACGGAGACGACAACUGACUUUUGGAGCAGAACUGAUCUCGUUCAUUUCCAUGUUGAUAUCGAUAUGCCAGGUGAUGCCACAAUGAUUCCUCUAGACGGACCACUGCCGCACUAA